GUUUGACUUGAAUGGGAAUUAUCUGAAAGCUGAAGUGGAGGCAUCCUGCUCCUCUUGGCAAACCUGUCACGUGGCUGCUUCCUAAAGCUGUGCUGGGCUUCUAAAAUUAGUGUUCCCUGCUGGAUACCGAGUGAUUAGGUCUGUUAAUGGGUGAUGGUGACUAAGGAGGUGUCACACUCUAAUCCCAUAGAGAGGUGCCUGGCUGUAAUGGGCCUGAUCCGGAGCUGUGCUUGGGAGCUGUAAUUUCUGUGGUUUGUGUUACACUUUUCAGACCUCCCAGCCUGAGCCUUCAUUGCCUGAGGUGCUGGAGGCUUCCUGCCCCUGAGGCUGGGCUGGGGGGAGCAGGAGGCAGCUGCCCAGAUCUGAAAAUCCUGGGCCAAAGAGGCAGAAGGGACUUUCCGCUGGUGCCAGAUGCUCAGGUGAGCCUGCAGCUGGUGCAUCCUCAAAUUGGCACCCCCAGCAGAGACGUGGUGAACGUCCCCCAUUAAAAGGCUGUUCCAGUUGCUCAAAAGGUCAUGCAUUAAAUUACCAUGUAACUGUGCAGCUUAUCUCUAAUUAAAAAAAAAAAAAAGGCAAGUCUCCCUGCUUUCCCCCAGGCUUACUUGAGACAACUGACUUAGAACAGGAGACUGACAGACAGCUCAUGCCAGAUGAAUGUUAAGUGAUAAAUGAUUUCCCUGUUUCCCCUGGAGACUGAUGAUUUCCCCCCUCAGGCACCAGCUCCCUGCAGUGGUUCAGCUCCUCUCAGUCAUUCCUGGGCAUUCCCACUUAGCAGUGCUGAGCAGAAAUCCCUGUUUCCAGAGCAAAUGUGGGAUAUUCCUUUGCUUUCUUGCAAGCCCCAGAUAGUCAAAACUAAUGACCUGGAAAAGAAAGAAAGAAAGAAAAAAAAAAGGUAUUUAAAAUACAAGCUCACUGCCUUAGAGCAGCGUGCAGGGACGGGCACUCAGUCCUGUCUCCUGCAGUUGAGUCAACUCUCUUGCCUUGGUUUUAGGAUAUUAUUAUUAGUUUUUUAGGUUGGUGACCGCUCUGGAAUUUUGGGUAGUGCAAAUAGUAAAUGUAAUGCUGUUUGUGUGACAGUUAAAAAUUAAAAGGAUCAGAAUGGCCAUUAAAGUGGCAGGAGGUGGUUAAGCUGCAGUCAGGAGGGUGUGGAGGAGGCAGAAGUGCUGGGGGAAGGACAGCCAUGAGUACGUGGUGAGGGAUGGAGCUGCUGUGCCAAGUGCUGCCCCAGAGCUGCUGUGGGUGAGCAGGACCCUGUGCCCAAAGAGGUUAAACCUGGGUGCUGUGGAGUCAUCUGUGCAAUUCCUACCUUGGACUAGUUAAUGUCUUACAGCAGGAUGGGUCAGCGUCCAAAGAAAACACACUCCAUGAAUGCCUGACUGCACCUGGGCAGUGUCCUGGGAUGGGAGGUGACAGCCUGGGAUGUGUCUCUGUCUUCUCCAGGGUGGGUUUUUGGGGGAGUCUUGUGGUAGAUCUGCACCUGGGUCACUGUAACUGGCCCCUGAAGCCUUCAUAUCUAGUGAUCUGAAGUAGUUUGACUUCUAAUACAAAGAUGAUUUUUUGCUCCUGAUGUUGGAAGAAGCAUCCUUUCCUUGGGGCUGGCCCAGCUUUUGCUGCAGGUGACAUCUGUGAGGAGCACAGCUGGGCAGUGAUGUGCUCUACACCAAACUGAUGGCUUGGUGGGACUUCAGCAUAUUCUUUACUUUGUGUAUCAAGGUGUCAGCAGGUCAGGGGAAAGCAGCAGUAUGCGAGGCAGGAAUGCUGCCUGUGCCAGAACUUUGCUGCAAGAAACACAGGUGUCCCCAGGGAGGGGACACGGGGGCAGGUUUUGCUCAAGACAAGGUAUCCUGGUACCUCUCCCUGUCUGCAGGAGUGUGCCCUGAUGGGGACCUGUGCCAGGCUGGCACCAUCACUGCCCUCCUGUGGGAGUCCCAUCCCUCCCGGGGUUCCCUUGCUGCUCCCCAACAACCAGCUGCAGGUCCCAGGUGCCUGACUGUGCUUUCUCCCCGUGCAGACUGCAGGUACACGUGCCACCAGGAGUGCCGCAGCCUCAUCCAGCUGGACUGUCGCCGGCCGGGCCAGGACCAGCUCUCACCCCAGGGCACCCUCCUGCCACCCUGCAGCCAGAAUGUAACACAAGCAGUAGAAGAGGAGAAACAUGAGCCUCCGACCGUCCAGGAGAUCAAACAGAAAAUUGAAAAAUACAAUGCAAGAGUUACCAACUGCCUGCUGAUGAAGCUGAAUGAUGAUGGGACCUACACGGGGUUCAUUAAAGUGCAUUUGAAGCUGCGUCGUCCCGUGACGGUCCCGGCCGGGAUCCGGCCACAGUCCAUCUACGAUGCCCUCAAGGAGGUGAACCUGGCCAGCAUGACGGACAAGAGGACCUCCUUCUACCUGCCCCUGGAUGCCAUCAAGCAGCUCCACAUCAGCAGCACGACCACAGUGAGCGAGGUGAUCCAGGGGCUCCUGAAGAAAUUCAUGGUGGUGGAUAAUCCCCAGAAGUUUGCACUUUUUAAGGAGACGCGGAAGGACGGGCAAGUGCUCCUCCAGAAGCUCCCCCUCACCGAGUACCCCCUGUACCUCCGGCUGCUGGCGGGUCCCGACACGGACGUGCUCAGUUUCGUGCUGAAGGAGAACGAAACCGGGGAAGUUGAGUGGGAUGCGUUCUCCAUCCCAGAGCUACAGAACUUCCUGAUGAUCCUGGACAAAGAAGAAAAGGAAAAAAUCCAGCAAGUGCAAAGGAAGUAUGAGAAGUUUAAACAGAGACUGCAGCAGACCUUGAAAGAAGCCAGAGGCAAGCCUGGAUAGCUCUGCAGGGAGCACUGGACAUCAGACUAAGCUAGAUACUAUUUUUAAAAUGAAAAGACACCUCUCAGGACACCUUAUAGUGGUCCCUGUCCCUCUUCCUCCUUCCAUUUAAGACUGGCUCAUAGCACCCAUGAAAUGAACACGCAGCAUUUACUUCUUCUGAAACCUCUUAUGCCAGGACCAGAGCCAGUCAAAGAAUGGGAAGCCUGGUGUAAAACUGCCCCUCAACACACCAAACAGCUGCUGGUUCUCUUUUCAGCUGCACGGUCCGAUGGAGAAGCUUCAUGGAAAAUGCUCAGUGUUCAGCUUAAUAGGAACAUCCACUGGCUGACGUGUUGAGCAGGGUCACACUUGCUGUUCAUGCUCCUCCCAGCAACUGGCUUGUUCUUGUUGGGAGGCUCCCUGCAUGUGGACAGGUCCUCAUUUCAUAAGUGGAGCAGAGGAAGCAGCAGAUGGAGCAGAGGACGUUGUUGCACUAAACCAUGUGGGUGUUGCAGCUGCAAUCAAAGUCUGACAGACUUGUUCAGGGCUGAGAUAGUCAGGGAGAUGUAAAGGUGUGAUACCAAGGCAGCUGCAACACCCAAACAGUCUGCUAAGAAGUAUUAUUGGGACUUGGUAAUAUUAAUUCCAGGAAAAGUAAUCAUUUUUAUUCCAAUUAAUUUCCAGUUUUUAAAACAGAUGUGAAUUAAAGCAAACACCCCUGAUGCUUAGCUAAGCCAGGCAGUGUUUUACCAGCUUCCUGCUCUGUAGGAUUUGGAACCUGUGUUGUCACAAAUUCUGUUUGAAAAAUGUAAAGACAAUGGUUGGGGCAGGAGCCGAGGGCUCGAUACUCAACAUUCAGCAAUACUUACCCAACAGAAUAACCCAGGAAAGCUCAAAACCCCUUUCACAAAUCAGACUGAUUUUGAGCUAUGAACAGGUCUGGCACUGAGGGAGAGGAGCUCCUGCCAGGGCAUGGAUGUGGCACCAGAAGCAUGGGCUGCUGGUGUGGAGGAGCCUGAGCAGCAGGAGCAAGGGCAGUGUUGGCCUUGGAUGCUUUCCUCCCACUACCCUCAUCCCGUGUUUGCUCUGCCUAACCCUCCUUGUGCUGCUCUCCCACCACCCCCUGUGCCACCCUGUCCCUCUCACGUUCUCCUUCCCUCCCUGCUCAGUUGGUGCUCUGCCUGCACGUCCAGCAAAGUUACCAGCUUUUGCUCUCUACGUGGAGCCAGGAGAGGAGAGCAAGUCUCUCUCUCUCCUCCUCUCUCAGGGCUCCCACUGUCUCCAGUGGGUGCACUGUGCAUUCUUCAGAACAAAUCCUUGAGCUGGAGCACCAGGUACUGCCAUAGCUCCAACUCACUGCCAUGCAGCGAUUGCUGAGGGGCAGGGCAGCUCCAGGGCUGCCAUCCUGAAGAGCAUUGUCCCACAUUUACUCUUGGUGCUUUGUACCUAGCACGCUGUACAGCCAGGCUCAGUCUUCCCUCUGCUGACACAAGACACCACAACAAAGCAUAAGGAGAAAAUGGAACAUGAAUCCUGGCUGGAUUGCCAUGGAGGGUGGGAAGGGGGUUCCUAUUGAGCUGGUGAACAAGUGUCCCUUGGAGCUUGCUGUGACCCCACCUGCACCCAGCGGGAAGGAGGCAACAGUUAUUGGGUGAUACCACAGACAAAAUGUGCAAGAGUCUAAAAUUUACCUCAGUGCCUUUUUUUUUCCCCUAGAGUGUGAAGACUUUGCGUUUGAGCUAAGGAGGAGGUUGGAAGGGGCUUUUGUCCAGAGGCCUUGUCAGUCCUGCCCCGUUUACCUGAAGUACUGGUGUGAGGAGGCUGCUUUUGUCUGUAGAGGGACUAGGAACUGUUUUGCUUCUUUGAGGGUGAUUGCUUGGGAUUUAUUUCCCCCCGCCUCCAGAUUUAUCCUUGAGUCUGUUUGUUUAUGCAUCGUUACGAGAGUAACUGCAUCAGUACAGCCCCUUGGUUGGUAUCAGUGCCACUUGCUCCAGGUCUUGUUCCAGCUCCCAGUUUAGCCAGUGGUGUAGGAGGGUUUGCUCAGAGGCUCUGGCACACCAUGCAGGACGUGUACUGUACUCAACACCCAGGUGACCUUCAACAACGUGGCAACAGCCCAAACUGAGCAGCAGUUUUCAUGCUCUGGGGCCGUUUGUCCAUUUACAAGAAUACUUACUACUUCAUGAUGCUUGUGAAGUGUUUUAACCAACAUUUACCUAGUGCUCCGAGUCGUGAAAGCAUUUAUAAAUACUUCUGUUCAGCUAAGAGAGAACCCUGCAAAAACUGCCAUCAGUUCUGAGAAGUAAGAUCCAGAUGCUUGGUUUUAAAUCCCUUCUCUUUCUGGCUAAGACCUGUAAAGGUUUCUUUUUUUGUUGUUGUUUUCCACUGGAGUCCUGGUGACUGUCUCCUUCUCCCCCUGCACCCCAGCAUGUCUUGGACAGUUGGUAGGAGGCAUGGCUUCUUAUGCAAUGACUGUGAAUGCUGCUCAAAAACCUCCUGCAAAGGGGAGGGCUGUUUCUUUUGGGUAUUUAAUUGGUUGUUUUUUUCAAAAUACAGGGGCAUUUGAGGAAUUACUAGGUCUUGAAACUCCACUUCUCAACAGCCAGUUGAGCCGUGUCUAGGACAGGAGAAUUGCCCCCUUUCUUAAAUGCAAAACACUGUUGGCAGUGCCUUUGGUUAGAAUGUUGUCUUGCCUAGUUUGUGUGAGUUUAUUUUUCAUGUCCAUUGUAAAACAUGUAAAAUAACGUGUAUAGAAUGGAAUAGCAAAGCUUCUAUGGCAAAGUGAAAUGCAUUUUUGCAAUGCUGUAAUUUAUUUUUACUACUCCCUAGUAAUCCUAUGGCAUUUUUAAAAAAUGUCUCACUUCCAGCUUUUUUUGAAGGUUCUGAAACUACUUGUUCAUAUGCAGACAGUGUAAAAGACCACGAUAAUAAAACUGUCAGUAAAGAAA